CUUAGACUAGAUACGCGCUUGCUGCGCGGAAAAUAUAAUAAUAAUGUCACAUUAAAAAAAUCAAAAUGCGUGUGUUUCGGGGACUUUUACGCUUCAGUGUUGUUUCUUCAUUUUUCUUUAUUCUCAUUGCGAAGAACACGAAAGAAUUCGAUAUUAGUGUGCAAAAGAGCUACUUUACUUUGGGUAUUAUAUUCGACAAAGACUCCGACGAAGAGCAGGAGAUCUUCAAAACGGCAAUGGCAGCUUUGUCCCGCCUUAACAACUCUCACAUUGAGUUCCGGAUCUUUAUUGACGUCAUAAACACAGCCGACGUAUUCAAGUUGUCGAGGCUGAUUUGUAAGCAUUACACUCGAGGCGCUGUGGCGAUUCUGGGAUCUGUUCCUUCAGAUUCUUUCAGUACCCUACACUCUUACUCAAAUACAUUCAGGAUGCCAUUCAUCACACCAUGGUUUCCUGAAAAGUUACAUAUCAGCUCACCUGGUGUUGAGGACUUCGCUUUGAGCUUACGACCAGACUAUCACAAGGCGAUUAUGGACAUCAUUAUUUACUACCAGUGGGCGAAUGUUCUCUACAUAUACGACUCUCACGAUGGCCUCAUGCGUCUUCAGAGUAUAUUUCAUGAACUUGAACCAGGAAAUAAGUCUUUCCAUGUAUCGAUGGUGAAACACAUAACACGUGCGCAAGAUGCUGUUGAUUUCCUGGCAGCAUUGGAAAUAGUUGAUCGAUGGAGCAAUAAGUAUAUAGUCCUUGAUUCAUCUAGUGAUAUGGCUAAAGAAAUUAUCGUAAAACAUGCACAAGACUUAAGGCUUGGACGUCGCACAUACCAUUACUUUUUAUGUGGCUUCGUGUUAGAUGAAAUCUGGGAUAAAAGUGUAAACGAGUACGGGACAAUCAACAUAACUGGCUUCAGGCUUAUCCAAUACACAAACACGCCAGUUCAGGCAUUACUAGACAUUUGGAAAAAGAGAAAAAUUUCAGCAAGAUCGGCUUUAGUCUAUGACUCGGUGCACCUGCUGACUGAGUCUAUAAGCCGAAUAAUUGUGUCUACGCCACAGUUUCUGCGUGCAUCUACAAAGCGAGUUCCUCCUGAUGCUAAUAAUAAGUCUUAUGAUUGCAACCUUGAACAAGAGGGUAUUUCACCAUUUGAAUAUGGUGAACUAUUAUCGGACACAAUUCGAAAGACGGAGAUAGAUGGACUCACAGGCUACAUCAGGUUUGAUGCAAACGGCCGACGACUAAACUUUACUAUUCAAGUUAUGACAAUGGAUACUAAAGGAAACAUGAGAUUGCUUGGAACUUGGCAUGACGACAAAGGCUUUAUCACAGACUCAAAGCCACAAGAUAUAUUUGAAAUCAAUAGAAACAAGACCUAUAUAGUGAUGAGUAUUCUCGAGGACCCCUAUGUAAUUCCAGUAGUGGAUUACAAAAGCGCCAAGAGAAGAUAUGAGGGCUUCUGCGUCGAUCUGACAAAACUUUUGAUGGAUAAGUUGGACUUAAAAUACGAGUUCAGAAUUGCGAAGGAUGGGAAACACGGGAAAGUAAAUCCUGAAGUAAUAGGAGGUUGGGAUGGACUCAUCGGUAUACUCGUGAGGAAGGAGGCAGAUAUGGCUAUUUCGCCACUAACAGUUACAGUGGAAAGGGAAGCUAUAGUUGAUUUUAGCAAGACGUUCUUGUCCUUUGAUACAGUCACAAAGAGCUAUCAAACCUCACUGUCGAACAUUUUUGCAUUCCUCCAACCACUCUCAAAUGAAUUGUGGUACGCGAUCCUUGGGAGUCUGGGUGCAGUCAGCGUAUGUCUAUAUAUCGUCUCUAAGUACUCCCCGGACGAGUGGCAGUUCAGAAAUACCCCUAACGCAGGUGUACAGAGUAAUGACCAGCGAGGGAGUAAUUACAGGCAAACGUUUAGCUUUUGGUCAGCUAUAUGGUUCACUUUGGGUUCAUUUGUUCAGCAGAGCAGUGGAGUCACUCCCAGGUCCUUAUCAGGAAGAAUUAUUAGUGCUGCCUGGUGGUUUACGACAUUAUUAAUAAUCACUAUUUAUACGGCAAAUCUAGCUUCUAACUUGACCGUUAUGCAAAUGACUCCACAAAGUAACCUUCACCGAGUCUCUAAAUGCCCCGAGGAAAAGAACAAACCGUGUGAUAUGGUCAUUUCCGUAAUGGAGUCUGGGCUUCAAGAUUUUGCUGUGGCAUUCCCAAAAGGAUCACCUUUACGGGAGGGUGUUAACAUGGCCUUACUGAUGCUAAGAAAUGAUGGAGAAUUAUAUCGACUGAUUCAGAAAUGGUUUAUUCCACAUACCUGUAACAAUCAGGCUGAUGGCAAAGAGAUGACUUUGACACAAUUUGCUGGAAUAUUCUACAUAUUAACCGGUGUUUUGGGGGUCGCGAUGAUUAUAGCCCUUAUUGAGUACAUUGUGCAUCGACGAUGUGGUUCUACUGAUUCUGAAGCAGGUUCACCACCAGGCUCUCCGGUUCAUACUCCACAGAGUCCUGUCAUACGUCUUAAUCAGCCAACACCUCCGCGUAGGUCUCGUCGUGAAGCAGAUUCUAUUGAUUGGGACACUGUAACCUAUACUGCAUACGGCUCGCCCUCCAACACCCAAAUGCAAGAUGAGGCCGCUGCUCUUCCGCCAAGCUCGUUCCGACAAGUCUGAUGGUCACCAAGAGGCGUACGUCGUUCGAGCUCGUCUCAAUCGCGACGCCUCUCUGAUUCUACUGAAUUGUAUCGUCUGUAAGACGAUCAAAUGGUAACAAUCAUGCAAUCCUAAAAUCGCAAUGCAAGUAAAAAUUUUACUUGAAAAUCUUCCGCUUUUCCUUACCUUGUAUGGGAUUUCCUGGGAUUGCCGCCGAAAUAAUUGAAAAUUAUUCAUACUUCCUUUUGGAGUUAUAAUGAAAAAGUUUUAAAGGAGCUUGUAAACUUAUACUAUAAAAUUAAAGACUCUUGUGAAAUGUAUAUCUUUGUGAUAUGCUACGAAUAGCUGAUUGGAUUGUGGGAUUUACGGAUUAAGACAAUCUAUUCUUAGAGAGACUGGAUACAUUCUGGAUAUGAUUCAAUUAAAAGUUAACCUUAAUCAAUGCGUUUUAAAACGCUGUAUCUACACGAUAUUUGAAGCUAAGACAUUCAGUAGUCUAUAAGAUAAUGUUUGGAUAAAUUUUAAACACGAUAAGAUAAACAUCAGACACGAUGAAAAGCGUUAUGUUAACAAGAAAUGUGACAGAUUGGACCUAUGAAUUUGUAAGCGAUUUGAGAUUGAUCAUUUAUAAAAUAAUAUUUGUUGCAGUGUCAAAUAGUAACCCUUACGUUUUCUUAGGUAUCAUAAUACCGUUACUUAUCAAGGAUCUUUGUAUGUGUUACGAUAUUAUAAUCAUUCGUGUUAAUAUUUAGCCAAAUUGUAUUUAUCAUAAAUGGUACUAAGAUUAAUAUAUCAUUGAUAUCUCUAUAUAUCUCUAUAAUGAUAAUAUAGCAGAGGAUGCGAAUAGGAAGUUUAUUGUAUGAAAGGUAUUUAAUAUCAAAUUUACAAUGUUAAUUAAUGAAUCAUGAGUAACAAGUUUUGUUAAGACUAUAUAUACUUUUUACCCUUUCAGAAACAUAUUCAUACAAUCGAAAGUAUCAAAGAUUAUACAUAGAAUGUCUUAUGGCUUAUAAUCUUUUUGCCGUCUCCUCUAUUGGGUUGACAGAUAUGAACAGGUAAGUCAAUAUUACUAAGCUGCACGCAUGUACUUAAUUAAUAAACCUCAUAUUAAAAAAAAAGAUAAUUUUAUUAUGAACUCAGUGACACGUAGGCGUGUGAAAAGCAUUUUUAACAUGUUAAACGUGAUAUAAAAUACUUUUCAUCCUUUAAUUGGAUGA